GCUGCCGCCUCAGACUGCCUGGGCAGUGCGCGGCGAGCGGGGCGCUUGGAUCUAUUGGCGGCCGCGCGCGGGGGAAGCCGUCGCCGUUAUGACUCUGGAGGAAAUUCACGGACAGGAGCCCGUGCCCGAGGGCCACGACCGGAUGCAGGGCGCCGGCAAAGCCCUCCACGAGCUGCUGGUGUCGGCGCAGCGCCGAGGCUGCCUCACCGCAGGCGUCUACGAGUCGGCCAAGCUGAUGAAUGUCGACCCGGACAACGUUGCCUUCUGCGUGCUAGCCACGGACGAGGAGGACGAGGGGGACAUUGCCCUGCAGAUCCACUUCACCCUCAUCCAGGCUUUCUGCUGUGAGAACGACAUUGACAUCGUGCGGGUGAACGAUGUGCCCAAGCUGGCGGCCAUCGUGGGGCCCAGCGAGGAGUCGGGCGAGCCGCGGGACCUCCACUGCAUCCUCAUCACGCAGAACCCAAAUGAAGAUGGCUGGAAAGACCCAGCUCUAGAAAAGCUGAACUUCUUUUGUGAAGAGAGCCGGAAUGUCAAUGACUGGGUGCCAACUAUCACCCUGCCUGAGUGAUGGUGACCCAGUGCACUAGGGAGGCUGAAACCUUUGUUGCAUUCUCAAUGUGGUGUUGGUUCACCGAAGUGUGCAACAAGCUGCUGAUUCCAUGGAUUAGCCUGGUCAAGAGACUGGAUUAAAGUCGCUCAGACUGGCAUGCAGUGGGCUCUUAUGGAGAAGAAAGGAAAAGACCAGCUCACUCCAGCAGUGAGCCCUGGUAGGCUGCAGCAGCGGAGAGGCUGACAUACCAUGGAACUGAAAGAAGUAUUGCAAGUUUUCCAGUCAAGUGGAGCUGUUUCGGAAGGCAGAGAAGGUCGGGGGAAGUGGGCCAAAACUUUACGGAAGGACUGGACAGAAAACUGUAUCUAGGAACUGUUGGUGCUGUCUACAAAACAUGAGAGGAGAGUCAAUAUUUGAUGGACUGCUUGAGACUGGUUAUUGAGACAAAUAUACAGAGACUUCUUAAGCAGACAGACUUCAACAGGCCUCUGGGCCACUCUGCAGAAGUAGUUUUAAUAAUGCAAUAUUUUUACUGAAAUUGCUGCUAUUGAAGCUUUCAUAAUAAACUUUUGACAAUUAA